CCUAAUUCUCCCAAAAGUUUCUCUCUCUACAUUGAUGUGCAUACAGAUUUAUGCAUACAUGCACGCUUAUCGGAGCUGAUUAUUGUCUCUUCUCCGUCGAUCGUGCGAUCAUUCUCUCAGCGGCAGAAUCAAAGUACAAGUACAAGUCGCCAUUUCAAUCUCUCCGCUCCUGUUAUCUAUAGAGUCAAAAAAACGAUUCUCACAAUCUCGCUCUCCCUCUGAUCCUUACGAUUUCUUCGUACAGCCUACCGGACGCAUAUGUAUACAAAACGUUGAUGAUAGCUACGCUAAUGUUCAUCGUUCGAGUUUAGAUCCGAAUCAAAGCAGACGGAUAUAAAACGUUUCAUCAGCUUAGUUUCUCCGAUUCCUCUAUAAGUACAUGCUUAAGCUCCAGUUUCCGGCGAAAAUAUAGGUUCCGAUGAAUUUGAAGUCCGAUAAUGGUUUCACGAAGAAGGAAUUAUCGUUAAGGCUGCGCAUCGCAUUGGUUACCGCCACAUGUACGGUGGUGCUAGUGGUUGUUGCGUUCGUUACAGGUACGUUGCAAUAUGGUCGUAUUUUAGUGGAGCCUAGUAGUACUCUCGUUGUUGCCAAGAGUACUGCUUACAACAGCACGAUAAAUCCCAGUCUCCAUCGCAAGCUUCUUCACAAUCAUGCAACACAGGUGGAUAAACGAAUAUGGGGCGACAAGUGUUCAAAAUCCGACAUUGUCAUCAACCAGGGUCCCACAGAUCCCCUACCAAGCAUCCCCACUUACACAGUUGAAAUCAUGAACGUUUGCACCACCGGCUGCGACAUCUCCGGCACUCUCAGCUGCGGUUGGUUCAGCUCCGCCAGGCUCAUUAACCCCCACCUCUUCAAACGCCUCCAUUACGACGACUGCCUUGUCAACAACGGCAAACCCCUCAUUUUAGAUGCUUACGGAUAUUAA